UUUACCAUUCAUAUUUCAUACUCACCACUUUACCAGUCCCAUUCCCAUUGUAUUUGUUUGUAAUCCGUAUCCGACUCACGCUCCCUUCUUGUCGGUUGCAAUUCCCAAAUUCAUUCAAAAAAAUUCCCUUGCCUUGAGUGGUUGGGUUGUGAAAAGAAAACGUUUUUAAAAUUCAAUAUACCUAUAGCAUAAUCAUAAAGUUACGAUAUAUGUGAUUAUUAGCCGCGGAUACAUAAAUAAUCUGACGAUAUUUUUUUUUAAUCAUAAAAAAGCAUUGUGAAACUUAAAUGGAUUUAAUUGUGAAACAAUUUUCAUGAAAGUUUAAAUGUGGAUAUAAUCACUGUGUAGUGUAGAAAAUAAUUGGUAUAAGUACAUACAUACCUACAUAGGUAUAAAAUAUUGUAAUUCGGUUAAAAAAAUAUAUUUGAAAACAAUUGGAAAGACAAAAUGCAAGUGCAACUCUUGUAUCAAACUUUAGUUGGAUUAACAUUUAUAUUAAGCUUAGGAUACGCCUCAUCUAAAACUACAACAGACUCCUCUGAUGGUCGUAUUCAAAACGAUGACGAUUACGAGUAUUCAGAUGACGAAAGUGUGCCCAGCAGUCACACUAAAUUCACAGAAGCAAGUCCAACAUCUGGUAUGGUUCCAUUCUUUCGUAAGGCAAAUAUAACCAUUAAAACCAUUGCGGGUAAAAAUGCUAUUUUAGAAUGCCCUGUCGAAAAUUUAUCAGAUCAAAAUGUUGUUUUAUGGUACAAAGACGCCAAUGCCCUAACAACCGGAAGUUCAGUCCUAAACAAAGAUUACUCUUUAAAUACAAAUAAUUUUUCAUUGAAAAUUAUGAAUGUCACUGUAGCCAAUCAAGGCGAAUACUAUUGUGAGAUUCAACCUCAAAGAAUUCGUUUACACACAACAUUGAUUGUCACAGAAGAUCCCAUUGAGACAAUUAUUCCAGAAAGUUCAAAAUCAUCGCAAGAAUCAAUACAUUUUAAACUAUCAACGAUAUUGAUGAAAUCUUCUGUGAUCGGAAUAUUUUUGUUUUUAAGGAUAUAAAAAAUGUUAUAUUUUAAUUUUAAUUGUAUAAAGCUAUAAGAAUACGCAUUGUUAAUGUGAUUGUACUUUUUUUAAUUUCCAUUUUUCGAAUAAAUAAUUUAUUUUAUA